AUGGCGUCUCACCAGCAGACCAGGAUCCAAGCCUACCUGGAGAAGAAUAAGAUCGGUCCCCUCUUCGAGGAGUUGAUGACCAAACUGAUAACAGAGACACCUGACCAGCCAAUCCCAUUUCUAAUUGAUCAUCUUCAGUCCAAGCAGGGAAACCGUGGUCAGCUUCAGAGGACAUUGUCUGGAUCUGCUGCCCUCUGGGCAGAGAGUGAAACAUCAGAAAAUAAAGGAGCAAGAAGAGAUUUUAGAAGUUAUGAUAAACCUUGGCAGGUAAAUGCAAAAAAGCCUAAAAAGUCAAAGAGCGACCUUGCUGUGUCCAACAUUUCUCCACCGUCACCGGAGUCCAAGUCAUUGCCAAGGUCAAUAGAGCAUCCUAAAUGGGAUUGGAAGACAAAACCGGAGAACCAUGAUUUUGAUGAACUAAAUCAUAUUCUUCAAGAGAGCAAAAAGCUUGGAAAAGCCCUUGAGAAUCUGUCUCGCAGCAUUGCUAUUUCUGAUGAACUCGAUAAGGACACAGCAGGUUUUAACACCCCCCUUCUCAGACCUCGUGUGAUUGGAGAAUGGAUUGGCCGUGAAGAGAAUGAUGCAGACCCUCUGGCUGCUGAGAUGCUGCAGCCACCAAUACCAAGAAAUAAAAAUGAGCAGUGGGACAGUGAGGAUAGCAGCAGUCCUGGAGGAAGCUUAAAAAUGGAGCCAAAGACCAAAGGAUUGAAACAUCAACAGCAGCAACAUAAGAAACUGCUGGCUGCCAUGCUUUCUCAGGACUCCUUUGAUUCUGCUCAAAGUACAGCUCCAUCUGUAACCGAAGAAGACAUUGACAAUGAAGACGAUGCAAUGGAACUACUGGAGGAUCUUGAUGAUCUCAGAAUGGAAGGAGUAACAAGUGUGGUGUCUUCUGGGAGCAAAUUCAAUCAAACUCGAAGUGCUCAUACGGCUGAGCCUCAAGCAAAGGUCACAUUGAAUAUCUGUGCAAGAUGUGCCAGAUUGCAAGGGGAUAAUUUGGCAGAAAGGCCAGAAGAUGUCUCCAUGGUAUCUCAGACAUCUGAGCCAGCAGUGUCAGACUCUGAUGCUCAAGUACCUGGGGUUGAAACACUCACAGAAGAUAUUAAUGAGUUUCAGAGUGCUUCUCAAGUGGCAGCAUCUUCUCAGACGGUUUGGACCUUGGAUGCCGUGACUGUCAGACCUGGAGGUUCCCCAAGGCAGAAACUCCUAAAGGACUCCUUAGCAGCAAAAGAACUUCAGACCAUGGAAAAACACCUAGCUGACAUUGAGAAGGACCUCGCACUGUGGGAAGAAGCAAGGCUCUCAAGAAGCCCUGGUGUCCAGCAUCCCAGUGUAGUUACAUCUGACCAUCAAAGCAAUCUUCCAGCUGCACAGGGCCAAACCCCAAGGCCUCAGGUGCCAACUCCGACAGGGAAGAACAUUCAGCUCCAAGGAAACAAAUCACCGCUGCCCGCUAACAGCAGAACACAAGUCCCCAGUGUCACAAACAGCAGUGCACAAACCAACAGGCCAUCAGCUCCAGGGAGCAGACCUAUGACCCCAAAUAGCUUGUUGUCACGGCCUCUUAACCCUAGCAACCAAGGAAAUAGGGAAGGCAUUAUUAGCAUGCAAAGAAGCAGAUCUUUGUCAUCUAAGAGCCAAAUGGGGAGGACCCUCAGUGCUGCUUCAGGGCUUUCUGUGCAAGUGAGUGGAGAUGUUGUUGGAACUGUCACUACUCAGAGAAACAGUUUAUCAGAAGAUGAAUUCUUACAACAGCUUCAACUUGCUCAUCAACCUUGGAUAUUGCCGAGUGACACAGAAAGUGAAGAAGUGGAAGCUGACCAAGACAAAUGUUAGUGAAAUCAGUGGGAUUAUUGAA